AUGCCGCAGCCGCCGCAGCUCCAGCCAUCGCCAGCAGUUGCACGGCCUCCCCGGCCACGUGCCGCCACUAGUCGCCUGGUUAACCAUUCGGACUUGCAUGAUGAUGACAGUCGUCCAGUUGCCGAUGCAGAUGCCUGUCGUCCACGUGCCGAUGCCACAGAUGCCUGUCGUUGGGGAGUAGACCGACAGGUACUAAUAGCUGGUUGUCCGCAAGUCUUUACGGGAAGAACAACUGCGGCACUACCAUCUACCGUGGGCCCAUCAUCUGACAUCGUCAGGCUCAUUGAGGAUUUGCUUCGAUCCCGGGCUGGUUCGGGUUCCGAACCGCCCUCUCCCAAGCCUGCACCAGCUGCAGCAGCAAGGGCUUCAGUCCGUGCUACAGAUGCUGCAGGAGACGGCAAGCAGGAGGUUGUAGCAGCAGGACCCCUUUUGCCCCCUGCUACAGCUGGCUGGUCCCACGCUGCUACGGAAGAGACAGCUACAGCAGCAUCCGAUGCGAGGGUGGCGCUGGGAGGGAAUCAUGGGCCAGGGGAGUGGCUGCAUCGUCUUACAAGGGCCCAACAGCAGGAGAGGGUGGAGAAGGAGAAUCAGCAGCAAAAACAGAUAGAGGAGGAGGAGGAGGAGGAGGAGGAGGAGGAGGAGGAGGAGGAGGAGGAGGAGGAGGAGGAGGAGGAGGAGGAGGAGGAGGAGGAGGACGAGGAGGAGGAAGAAGAAGAUAAAGAAGCAGAACAGGUACACCAGCAUCAAGGGAAGAAGCAGCAGCAGGAGCAGGAGAAGGAGCAGCAGCAUGUAAGAGAAAUGGAAGGCACGAAAAGUUAUCAGCAGCAGCAACAGGAGCACGAAGAGGAGGAGGAGCAGCAGGGGCAGAAGGUGCAGCAGGGGCAGAAGGUGCAGCAGGGAAAGGAGCAGGGGAAGCAGGCUCGGGAGAAUCAGGUUCAGGAGAAGCAGGCUCGGGAGGAGCAGCAGAAGCAGCAGUGUGACAUGGUGGCAGUGGCGAUAGUUGGCAUGAUCAAGAACCUCGCACUGGCUGCUGCCAGCCUGCUGCCUCCCCACCAGCAGCACCGCGCUCUCCUUCCCCUGCUCCCUCUGCUGCCCAACCUGCACGUUGCGUCGACUCUGCGGAGGCAGGGCCUGCCGAGCCAGAUUCUGCCGAACCAAUCUUCGCCAAACCAGGCUCUGAUGAAUCGAGGGAGUAAGGAAGGUUCGGGUCUGAUGGCUUGGAGACAUGAAGCAGGUAGGGAUGAGGAGGAUAGGGGCGAGAAGAGUGAGGGAGGUAGACGCAGCAGGGGUGAAGAGAAAGAGGAGGAAGUGGAGGGAGGGGAUGAGGGGGGGGAUCAUGAUGAUGGUGACGACGACAAUGAUGAGGGUAUGGGGAAUAAAAAGGUAGAGGAAGAGGAAGAAGAGAGGAAGAGGAAGAGGAAGAGAGGAAAGGAAGAGGAAGAGGAAAAGGAAGAGGAGGAGGAGGAGGAGGAGGAGGAGGAGGAGGAGGAGGAGGAGGAGGAGGAGGAGGAGGAGGAGGAGGAGGAGAAAGGAGAGGCAGAUGACAAAGAAGAGGAAGAGGGAGUAGGCGCGGUGGAGGAAGGGGAUGCAAGGAGGAGCAGGAUAGGUUGCAGGAGAGGGGGCGACUGCAAGUGGGAGCAGAAGGAGGCAAGGAGCUGCCAGCACAGCAAGCAACACCCGCGCUCCAUCCCUUGUCCACUUCUCCCCUUUCUCUCUUCUUCCUCUCCUCUGCUUCUCCUCCUCUUCCACCUCCCCCACAGCCUUCACAUGCCCCGAGCCAGGCUUCUACCACAGCAAGCAGCAACCUCACCUCUCCCUUGUCUCAUCUUUCUCCUCUCCUCUUCCCUCUCCCACUCCGUUUCAUCUCCCACCACCCCCUCAGAUCCUCCCCCACAGCCUUCUCCUCCCCCACAGCCUUCUCCUACCCCACAGCCUUCCCCUCUCCAACAGCCUUCUCCUCCCCCACAGCCUUCUCCUGCCCCACAGCCUUCUCCUCCCCCACCCUCCUCCCCCCCUCCCCCCCACAGCCUUCUCCUCCCCCACAGCCUUCUCCUCCCCCACAGCCUUCUCCUCCCCACAGCCUUCUCCUCCCCCACAGCCUUCUCCUCCCCCACAGCCUUCUCCUCCCCCACAGCCUUCUCCUCCCCCACAGCCUUCUCCUCCCCCACAGCCUUCUCCUCCCCCACAGCCUUCUCCUCCCCACAGCCUUCUCCUCCCCCACAGCCUUCUCCUCCCCACAGCCUUCUCCUCCCCCACAGCCUUCUCUCCUCCCCCACAGCCUUCUCCUGCCCACAGCCAGGCUGCCAGCACAGCGAGCACAACCCUCAUUUUCUCCGUUGUCUUACCCUCUUCCAUUGUCUUAUCCUCUUCCCUUGUCUUAUCCUCUUCCCUUGUCUUAUCCUCUUCCCUUGUCUCAUCCUCUUCCCUUGUCCAUCUCUCCCCUCCCUCUCGGUCCUCACCCUUACAGAUUCUGCCCCCACAGCCUUCUCCUGCCCCGAGCCCGGCUGCCAGCACAACGAGCAGCACUUUCGUUUCCGCCCACUCAAGUCUCUCUCCUCGCUGCACACCCACCACCUCCGCGUGCACGGCACCAAGCCCUUCACCUGCUCCCGCUGUCAGCCAGUUGCCGUCCCCAUUCAGCAAAAGCAGAAGGCGCGGCAGAGGAGACAGACACUGCAGGCCCAGACGCAGCAGGCAGGGGCGUCAAAUCAGCUUGAGAUGCAGACGAAUCAGCUACAGGCGGAUAUGAAGCUUCUAGAGCAGCAGACGAACCAGUUGGAGGAGCAGACGAGUCAGCUAGAGGCGCAAAUGAAGUUGCUAGACGCACCUCAGAGCGCCAGCUACAUGAAUGUGGCUGUCACGGAUCAGUCUCCUGCCAGUGACCUGGGGAUCCUUGAGUCGACUCAACCACAUGCUCCUGCCGGGCACCUGGCGCGCUCUGCUAGCUGUGCUUCUCAGAGGAACCAUCCUUGGGGGGGAAACGCUUUAGAGAGAAAUGCGCUGGAGAGCAACGAGUUGAGAGGGAUUGGUUCAGACGGGAGGGAGAGCAGGAGUCGGAACGGGUCGCUGCUGCAGGGGGCUGUUCAGGCCGGUCUGCCGAUAGUGGAAGCACAGGGUCAUAAAUCACGUGGUGGUGCUGAGCUGUCAAUGUCAAAUUACAACGCUGACCUGUCAACAUUGGAUCGUGACGCUGACCUGUCAACAUUGGAUCGCAACGCUGACCUGUCAACAUUGGAUCGCAACGCUGACCUGUCAGCAUUGGAUCGUAACGCUGACCUGUCAACAUUGGAUCGCAACGCUGACCUGUCAACAUUGGAUCACAACGCUGACCUGUCAACAUUGGACCGCGACGCUGACGUGUCAGCGCUGCUGGAGGCAACGUGUCAGGAGAUUAUCGAUUCGGGGGGGAUGAGGCCCUUAAGGUUUCGUGUCAGCUGA